AAAUGUGCAUUUGGGACGCUACUAAGCACAUUGUAAUUAAGUCUGUACUUCCAUUUUAAUCUUCACUUAUUCAUAUUUCAAACAGACCGAACUAGAACGCUCCAUAUGCGGGUAUUGUUAGCCACAUUGCAAGUUCAGUUGAUGUGCUACGCUGCUGCAUUAUGCUAAGGUUGUUUUUCUAUAGUAAGCACGUUACGCUGCGACACACAGAAUAAGGCACAUAUAAUAUCCAGUGACAUUAUGUGGCGGGUCACACCAUUUCGGAGCCGUUUAGGACUGGAAUAGGGAAAGAGAACACCAUAAAUCUAAGCUUCAGCAUGAUCGCGAGAGACAGGAGAGACGAUAGCUGAGUGUUCUUAAGAAACCUUGUCAGGUGCUGUCGAGUUGCACAGGUGUUUGAGGCGUCCUUGUCAGGGAGCAAGGACAGAAACACACAGAUAACAAGUGGGCCAUAAAUACUGUCUUCCAAAGGAAAACCCGAGUAUGGCAGGUGUAAAUACGGCAAAAGCGCUCACGCCCAAUGAAGCGAGGAUCGGCCUGCUGAUACAAUUAGCCAUAUGGUGCUUUGUCGGAGGUGCAGUCGGCCUUGUGGCGUAUGGCCCGCUCUUCACCGACGAUCACGCCAUCAGAGAUUCGGUCAAGGAUAUAUUCGGCCAUCCAGAUAUUGAGAGAGCGAUCACAACUGCGCAAUCCCUUCUUAUAGCAACCUAUGUCAUAGGUUUCCUUCCAUUGGUGGCCGUGUUGAUUGCCUGUGUUCUGUUGGUUCUAAUUUGCCGACAAAAGAGGGCGCUUCGCACGCAGAUUCUCUUUGGGAUUCUGCUUGUAUCAGCCUUGACGCUCUUUAUAUGCGGAGUGGCAGUUCUCGCCAUAGCGGACCAAGGGCGUAAAAACUGGAGCGCAGACUCUGAUCAAACUUUCAGAGUAUUGAAAAGUGACAUUUUGACCAAAUAUGGCAUGUCAGAAACGCACGAGAAGUUAACAGAUGGAUUGGACAGAAUUCAAACGCAGUACAAAUGUUGUGGCGUUGAUAAUGUCACCGAUUUUUGGGAAAGCCAGUGGAAGGCAAAAUUUGGACAAAGUGCCCCUGAAAGCUGUUGUAAUUUAGAAACGGACGAAAGCAACACUACAGCUUUGGAAAAAUGCAAACAGGAAGCGGAAUAUCUCCACGCCAGGAUUGAGACAAAUAUCACUGUCCUGCAGGUUGAAGGUUGCCGAGAUGCCAUCAAAACCUUCAUAGAAGGCCAGGUCUUUCACACCUUAAUUCUAUCGGGAGGUGUUGCUGCUUUCUUGGCCUUCGUCGUUAUUGCUCUGGUCAUUGCAAUUAUUGUGUUAUCUGUGUUGGAUAUGAGGAAGACAAAGAAGAAGGUAACUUUACAGGAAGUGGAUUCAAAAGCUCAAGCGCAGGCGCUGCUUUGA